AUGGAUCGCACCAUUUACUACUCGUCCAAGUCACCGGAAACCAAGAUGGAACACUUGCCGGAGACUGAAUUUUAUACCACACCUGGAUGGACAGACGGCAUGUUCGCUCCUUUCUCACCAGUCAUGAGUGACUCGAAUCAGAGUGCCUACACUCUUCCCGCGUCGGAUGUAAGCUUCCCAUUUCUCGGACCCUCUGUUUCCCAGGAAAUGUCCAUGGUAGAUGCCUAUCGACAUGACAGCUGGGCUCCUGAGCAGCCCAACUACAGCCUUUUUGCUGAACCUGCCGUGAUCGAAUCCGAGAUGUUUGCUUUCCCUACUCAAGGUAUGGACAUUCCUCAACCCACUUUCAAUGCCUACUAUUGCGCAACGGAGCCCUCCGCAGAGACAUACUUUGGUACCAUGGACACCCCAGGACAGGUCUUUACCCCUAUGAUCCCACAGAUAGCCGGAUUUGUAGGCAACCCAGUUACUAUGGUUCCCUCUAUCGGAUAUGGCAACCCUGACCCCCGUGCCGGUCACGUCAGGGUAGACAGCUUAUAUACUCAAGCUUGUCCACGUGAAGUUGCAGUAAGUCACAACCACAUUCCAUCGGACGCCCAGAUUCAGGAAGUUGCUGGACACCGUCGAAUGACCGUACCUGUGACUUUGAAUGAGCCUGUCCAGGCAAUACCGUUGCCAGUCAUUGAACAGGAUAUGCCAUACGGAGCCCCAGCCCAGCAAUACAGGACACAUAUGCCAGCUUAUCCCAAUGGAUCCAUGAUGCCGUUCCCUGGACACCCCGAGGUUCCCAUUUUGGGAAGCAGUGUAUCUUCUACUGGCAGUAUCGCUCCUCCCGGAUACGAGGAGAUUCCUUGCAGUCCAGCAUCUUCUACUGCAACCGCCAGGACAAGAACCGAGGAUACUGAUGGCCGUGCCCGCACCGACCCACUGUACUCUGCCAAGCCUAGCAAGGACGGUAGCUAUCACUGCCCCUUCCUGGCUUCUGAAGGAUGUCAGCACAAGGCUACCAAGCUCAAGUGCAACUACGAGUGCUACAUUGAUUCACACAUCAAGCCAUUCCGUUGCAAGCACCAAAACUGCAACAACAACCGGUUCUCUUCCACUGCCUGUCUUCUCCGCCACGAACGUGAGGCUCACGGACUCCACGGACAUGGAAACAAACCUUUCCUCUGCCAGUUCAAGGAUUGUGACCGAUCAGGCCCCGACAAUGGAUUCCCUAGAGCGUACAACUUACUUGACCACAUGAAGCGUGUCCAUGGAUACCGUCCGGAAAAGGUGGCCAAGACACCUCCCGCCUCUAAUGCCGGAAGAGCAGCCGGGAAGUCCCAGGAUAAGGUGAAGAAGAGAAAGACCGCUAGUGAAAUGAAGAAAGAGACUGCAUCUCCAAGACUGGUACAGAAACUUGCAGUGGAUUCACGCAAGCAGCAGAUGACUGCGCAGUGGCAGGCUCAGGUCAAUGAGAUGCAGAAGCGCUCCCGUCAACUUGGAUGA